GCUGUCUGUCGCAUGCCAAACGAAACGGAACACAUUGAAAAGUAUAUGUACAAAAUAGUACAAACGCUGCCCAAAACCAAAUAAUUAAAGAGAAUCUCCCGUUUCGUGUCCGGGUUCAAGCGAGCAGACCCCCCAGAUCGAGCGCCUGCCGAGUCAUCAAAUUACUUACCCAACAAGUGAAGUGCGAUCGCGAUCGCCAAGAAAAUUGGAAAUCUCUGACAAACUUCAUCAUGCAUUCGCCGAGCGUAUAAGUCGUGCAGCAAAAGUUAAUAAUAAAUCCCUUUGAGCAUCUAAAGUGAUUCAAGAAGGCAGCAAAACGGCCAAAACAAGUGAAUUCAUCUGCAAUUCUAUGAAUUUUGUAAGCCAAAAAACAUCACCCAUUGAGUUUUUAAUGCUGCCAAAGAGAUAGCAAUAAGCCCCAAACAAGAGCCAGAAUUGCACGAGAAAGCAACCCAUUCAGAAUACAAGCCAAUAUUGAAGCCCCAUUUUGAAGAUUCUGCAGUGCACGACGAGCAGGAGAGAAACAGUUGAAAAUGGCAAAAUAUUUCAUUACCUUGGUGCUGCUGCUGUGCCUGGCCCUGGAAAAUAAUAAUAUUUACAAUCGUCUGCAUGCCCGGUCGCAUCCUAGCUCCCGCGGCGACAUCCUGCGCCCGCAUCCAAAACACCAGCCCCACCAGCAUGUCCAGCACACCUCGCAGCAACUGCAGCAGCACCACAAUCGACAGCAGCGGUCCAGGGAGCUGAAGCACGUGGAGCCGGAUCCCACCAGCGAGGAGGAAGAUGCGAAGAAUCAGCACUACACAAGACUGAGGAGGCAUCAGCUCCAUCAGCGCGACCAUUUCCUGCAGCAAGAGAGGAGCUACAACCAUCCAGCGCUGGCGGAGCUGAAGAGCAUGCCCAUGGCUCGACUGUGGCAGCACCUGAGCAACGACUACGAGAAGGAGCAUGCUACUGUCGAUGAUGGCCUGAUGGACUAUUCGCACAUGUUCGGCGAUGAUCCCAAUACGGCGGCCACUGACGAGGAGUCGAACCUGAGCCCCUUAUUCUAUGUGAGGAAUGAACUUUUGGAUCAAGAGGUGGAGCAGUUGCUGGAGAAGCAGGUACAGAGGGAGCAGGAGGAGAGCCAGCGGCCAGAGCCGGCACCUCCAAUAGUGGCUGAAGCUGAGCAAGAGCCAGAGCCAGCUGUAUCCUCACGUAAUGCCACCAUCUCGACAAAGUCCUCCGGAGGCUGUCCCAAGUGCGAGAGCAGUCGUCAAGUGGAGCACAUCACCGAAGAGGAGCUGACACAUCUGCGCAUCGAGUUCGUCAAGCAGCAGAUCCUGGAGAAGCUGCGCCUCAAGGAGAGUCCCAACGUAUCCGCGGUGGAGCUGCCAAAACCCAUAUUCGAGGGAGUGACGCUCACCCAUCCAGAUGAUAGCAGCAAGAACAAGGAGCUCGACGAUUACUAUGCCCGCACCAGCAAGAAGUUCAUCCUGCUCAAUAGAGAGGAGACCGAGUGCAAUCGCCUGGGUGUGCAUCCCUCAAUGUGCUUCAGCUUCAAGAUCGAUGACGCCGAUGCCGACGGCUUCGACGUGAGCACCGCUGUGCUGUGGCUCUUCAAGAAUAAGCAGAACCACACCAGCAGACCCAUCGAGGGUCCGCUGUUGAACAACACCAGGAAGCAGCAGACGAUUGUUGUUUCAGAGGUGGAGCAGCAGAUGGACUCCAAGUAUUUGCCUCUGGCCAAAGCCAUAGCCAUUCAGUCGGUGGAUGUCCAAGAUGAAUGGAUGAAGAUCGACAUCGAGUGGCCCAUCAAGCGCUGGAUUGGAAGUCACGAGCUGAGCCACCUGAUCCAGAUCACGUGCGAGUCGUGCGAUAUCAGCGACAUGGAGGAGAUCAUAUCGGUGGACAAGGACUAUCGACCAUUCAUAAUGAUCGACACCCAGAAUCGGCGCAGCAAGUCGCGGCAAAAGCGUAGUAUUAAUUGCUCCAGCGGUGUGACGGAGUGCUGCCGCGAGCAGCUUUACAUUUCCUUCAAGGACAUUGGCUGGAGCAACUGGAUCCUGCAGCCGGAGGGCUAUCACGCCUACUUCUGCCGCGGCUCCUGCAGCUCCCUGGCGAGCGUCACCCAGGCUGCCUCCCACCACAGCUCAUUGUUGAAAAUCCUUAACACAAAUGGUACAAACAAGUCCCUGGAGCUGGUGCCCUGCUGCACCGCCAAACAGUAUUCCUCGCUGCAGCUCGUUGUGAUGGACUCGAGCAAUACGGCCACCCUGAAGACUCUGCCCAACAUGGUGGUGGAGUCGUGCGGCUGCAGAUAGUCGCCCCCAGGCCAUCCAGCUGGCAAUCAACCAAGUUACAUAUCGGACAAAUUAGACAUUACUCUCGCUCCAUUUCCACUUAGUUAGCAGUUCGAGCGCUCAACUCCAUUUCUCUUCAAUUAAUUUAAUCUCAUUUUCAAUGCAUUUUCAUUAGCGUUAACCACUUUAGUCGUAGUUAUUAGCUAGUGCCCAUACUGCCAUUAGUUUUAGUCGCAGUUAAGCCUUUAACAAUUAUUUUAUUGUAGCUAAAGCUCAAGUCAAUGUACUUAAGCACUCGAAGCACUGGCGAACUCUAUUUUAAUUUAGUUAGGAAAUGGCUCCAAUUAAUUACAAAACAUAAUUAAGUUCAUGCUUAUUUUAAGACCAUAGUUACACUGUUUAAGUAGUGUGUAUUGAGUGAUUGCGAGAAAACACAUCAAGAAAAGCGGAAAAAUAAAGCAACUCCAAAUUACUUGAAAGCUAAA